AUGUAUUUCAAACUCAAAAUCAACAAGGCUGAAAUUAAUUAAGGCAAAAAUUAGUUCACUCUUUGGACAAGAUUCUUACUCUAUAUGAGAGAUUUCCAUGAUAACAUUUCACUCUUGAAGAUCUAGUAUAAGAGUAAGUAAUAUUGAAAUUCUUAAUUAGAAAAGUUUUACACACAAGAACUGAUAUCUAUAAUGAUUAAGGCAUUACUAUUUAGAUCUUAAUAUUAUCAAAAAAAUUAAAUGGUAGCCAAAGGUCUAUUGUAUUUUCAUCAUUUUAAUGGUACAAUAAUUGAAUAAGCAUUGAUUGAUAAAAUAACGUUUUUCUUAAGUUUGUAAGGGUAAGAUAAUGUUCAAAUAAAUUAGAAAAUAUCAUUUGAUUACUGGAAAUAGUUACUUUCAAUUGUAAAACUAUUAAAUUGCUUUGAAAUAUUAUCUUAAAGGAUUAGAUUUCUACCAAAGGAAUUUAAUUAUAAUUUAUAAGGAAAUCACACUUACAUCUUUAGAAGAAAUAAAGAUGACUCUUAAUUAUUAUGUAAUUAAUAAUGAUAAUAAUAUCAAUAGACUAAGGAGAUCAUAUUAUCAUUGUUUUUAAUAGCAUUAGUUUAUGAAUAAUUAAAUGAUUUUUUAAAAUAUCAAGAAACCAUUAAAAUGAUGACUUGGGUUGAUUCAAAUUAUUAACCAGAAGAUUCAAUAGGAAAGUUAUAUUUCUAAUAAUAUGUGGAUAAUACAAGAUAUUUAGAAUAUGCAUUAGAAAAAGCUGAAAUAUCAAAAGUAUUAAAGUAAGCUUUACCAGAAGAAGAAACAUCUAAAGUACCUGGAGGAGAAGAUUAAUUAAAUUAUUAUAAUAAUUUGCUUUAUGAAUUCAGUGACUUUCCAAAAAUCAGAAAAUAAUAUUAUUAUUAUGAUAAAUCAUAAAUUCCAUAUAGUAAUGAAACAAUAGAUAGUGAAACUUAUUUAGAGAAAUAAAAAACUCUUAAAACUAAUGCUAGUGUUUAAAUGAUUUAUAAAUAGUAAACAAAUGAAAAUGAAUCUACAACCAUGUGCAAAUCUGCAUUAAUGAAAACUAAAUAUUCAGAUAAUGGAUUAUCUACUAGAUUUUAAACAGAAUCAGAAGGAUUCUCAUAACAAUUAAUUAAUAUUUAAUAGAUAAAUAAGAAAAAGAAGAAAUAAUUAAAUAAAGAAGAUAUUACAUUAUAAAUGUAUUAUGGAAAUGCAAUAGAAAAAUCAGUUAAAUUAUAAGAAUUAGAGAAUUUAGCAGAAUAACAUAAUUAAGAUUUAGCAUAAUAACAAAUUGAUACAAUUUCAUUUGAUAAAAAAUUGAAAUAAUCAAAACAAUAGAUUUGUAAAUAGUUAAACAUUAUAUUUAGAAUUUAAAAAAAUGUUUGGUUGUAUUAAUUUGAAUAAAGGUCCUUUUGAACAUGAAACAAGAGAAUCUAGAAAGAGACAAAGGAAAUAAUAAGCUAAAAGCAUAAAUCAAUUAUAAUAAUUAUUAAGUAUACAACUUUAAAUUAAAACAAAAACUGAAUAAUCUCAAUUAUUAGAAUAAUAUAAUAAAUAAAGAAAAGUAAAUUUUUCAUCAUAACCAAAUAUAUUUUAAAAAGUUCAUAAUAUACAUCGAUAAAAUAAAACUGUAAGAAUAGAAUCAGUUAUUACUAAUAAAGAAUUUAGUAAAGAUAUGAGUAGUCAUCAUAAGACAUAAGAUGAAGAUCAAUUGAUUAGAGAAAUAAAUAUUAAUACUAAAGAAACUAUUAAAUAAAUGAUGGAUGAGAAAGAAAGUUUAAUCUAAUCAAAACCAUUUUCAACAAGAAGAUCAUCUUAAAAUAAUACUAUUAAGUAAUAUAUUAAUAAUAAUUAAAAUAGAAACAAUUUUUUAUUUGAAAAACUAAUAUUAAAAAAUGAUAGUUUAGCCCAUACAACAGAUUAAAUUAGUAAUUCAAAAAAAGUUAAUUCAUUAAAAUCUUUAUUAGAAGUACCCAGAAAUAAUCCAAAUCAAAAGAGAAUGACAGCAAUUUUAUCAACAAUAACUCCUAGAUCUGCUAGUAAAAUGGGUUCACAUACAAUUCUACCUAUAUGUUGA